UGCCUCCCUCACCUGCACAUUCACUCGCGACUCGAGUCGCAGAACUGGGUCGCCUCGGUCUGAAACUCAGCUCCAGCCCAAAAAAGGGAAAACAAUGGCGAGACUCCUCUCUCAGACCCUUCUCCGCCACUCCCGUCGCGCCCUCAAGCCCCCGCCGCCCUCCAUCACCCUCAUCACCCUCCGCAACCGCUCCAACCGCUCCGGCAAGCUCAUCGAAAUCGACCUCGAAUCGACCCUCUCCUCCGCGUCAUCUUCGUCGUCGUCGUCAUCUUCAUCAUCAGCUUCUUCCUCUUCCGCAUCAGACGAGGAAGGAGAGGUGUUGGGAUUGAGGGGCCUGGAGGAGGCUAUCCACUCCAUCAUCGUCCAGAAAUCCACGCCCGAUUGGAUCCCUUUCGUCCCCGGCUCCUCCUUCUGGGUUCCGCCACGGCGGCGACCGGUCAACGUCGUCGAUCUCGUCGGGAAAUUGGCCAGGCCGUUGACCUUCGAGGAGGAGGAGAAUCUGUCUUUCGCCACCGUUCGCGGUUGGCCCAGCUUUGAGUUUUUGGCACGACCAGAUGGUGAAUCGCCACAUACCUCAAACGUGGAGUCAGCAAAUGAGUUGUCUAAGGAAGAGGUAGUAGAGAUUAGGGUGUUCACUACCUCAGAAGACCGUGGAUCCGAUGAUGAUGAAUGAGAAGCAUCGGCAUCUAAAAGUCAUGAUGGCUGGUUGGGAUCAAGUGCUAAUUAAGACAUGGAACUCAGGAGGCUAUGGGAAUAAGAAGGGUGGCCUAGAAGGAUAAGUGAGCGGACGGGAAAUGUUGUACAUAUCCUAUCUUGGAAUGAUUUGGGGGACAAUAAUUUUCAUUUAUCAAUUCGAACCUGUCCGUUUACAUCCUAUUUCUAUCAUCUCUAUAAAUGGUCAUUCGCUUGCUGGAAGCUUUUGCAAUGUUAUUUAACUGUUUGAACAUUCA